AUGCUUUGUGGCUUCCGCGCAGCCCUGUACAAGUACGCCUCUGUCCUCUGCCUCUCGCCCGGGUCAAAUCCUCCUCUCUCAUCCUCCCGUCUUCACGCCCAAAUCUCACCCAGAGUCAUCGUCUGUCCCACCCAAGCGCCCCUCAAGCACUACUCGUACAAGCCCGAGCAAGUCGAUCGCGUCAACCCCCGCCGCGAAACCCUCCCUCUCGCCAUCCACCCGCCCAAGUCCUCCGAGUGGUCCGCCCGCUUCGCCCUCCUCGAGGCCGACAUCCGCGCCGCCCUCGGCCCGCUCGCCCUCGCCGUCUCCCACGUCGGCUCCACCGCCGUGCCCGACCUCCCCGCCAAGGACAUCAUCGACAUCGACCUCACCGUGCCGGACGUCACCGACGAGGCCGCCUACGUGCCCGCCCUCGAGGCCCGCGGCGGCUUCCACUUCCGCAACCGCGAGCCCGCCUGGCACGGCCACCGCUUCUUCGUCCGGUACAGCGAGAACUGGUGCAACCUGCACGUCUGGGGGCCCGGGUGCGCGGAGGCGACGCGGCACCUGCUGAUGAGAGACUGGCUGCGCGAGCACGAGGAGGACCGCGAGGCGUACGCGCGGGUGAAGCGCGAGGCGGCGGCCGCGUCGAACGCGGUGGGCGAGACGGUGAUGGACUACAAUGGGAGGAAGGAGGGCUGGAUCCGGGACUUUCUCCGGCGCAUCUUCAUCGCAAAGGGCUACAUGACCGAGGACGGGCAGCCUAUCCAUAGAGAUUGA